AUGAUAUCUAGUAUUCCAGAAGGUGCAAACAUCGCCGGCGAUCUAAAUAAUUUACCUUCAAAUUUUUUCUUUAUCGAUUUGUCAAAUAUUCCUUUUCUUGAUAAAUUUAAUGAUGCUGGGUAUCCCUGGUUUGAUCUUACUUCGCCUAAUAUAAAUAAUAAUAUUAUUACAUGUUUGGGUACAACGGCAGUAGCUGGAAUUCCUCCUAUAAGAAGAAGAAAUACUCAAGCUGUUAUUAAUAAUUCUAAUGGAAAGAUGUAUAUAUUUGGUGGUUCAACUGAUCCGUUAUUCACAAAUUAUAAUUCAGAUUAUCCCAAAUCAACAUUUUAUAAUGAUAUGAUAAUUUUGGAUACCAUUAAUUGGACUUGGAAUUAUGGAUCAAAUAUUAAUGCACCUUCACGAAGAAAUGAUUUCACGGCAGUAAUAUUGUCUUCAGGAAUUAUUAUUUAUAUUGGAGGAAGUUUAUCAAAUGGAAGUUAUGUUGGAAUGAAUCAGUUAUAUUUAUUUAAUACAGAAACGAAUGAAUGGAAUGCAAUGAUUGCUAACGGAGAUAUUCCUGAUUCUCGUGAGGGAGCUUCAUCUGUUUUAACUUCUGAUGGUAAAAUUUUAGUUUUUGGAGGAGCAAAGAAACCAAGGAAUAACAAAAUUUAUGAUAUUCCUUUCUCUUCCAUGUUGGCAAUCUUGGACACCACAAAAAAUCCGUAUGAAUGGUCAAUUCCUAAAGUAAGAAAUUCUGAACCAUCACUACCACCACUUAUUUAUCACAGUGCUAUAUUGGUUAAGAAUAUAAUGGUUAUUGCAUUUGGAAAUAUUAUUAAUGCUGGAUCAAGUAACAAAAUAUACAUGUUUGAUACAAAAAAUUAUGAAUGGAUAAAUACAAAGGAGAGCAAAAAAAGAAAUGAGAGAAGUAAGAGAGAUAAGAUAAAAGAAAGAAUUGAGAUAGUGGGAAAGAGAGAUAACAAUGCUUUACCAAUCCCAGCAAAUGGCACUUCACCAACACCAAUUCCAACAAAUAUUACUUCACCAAAUAUUACUACAUUAGCCACGCCCACAACAAUGGAUUCAUCCAAAUCCUCCAGACCAUUAGCACAAUCACCACAAAUAUCAUCAUCAACUUCUUCUACUGCACCAUUAAUUUCCUCUGAUUUUCCAUCACCAGAAUUACCACCUUUACAACAAUUACCACCUUUAAAAUAUCCACCUCAAAAACAUAUAAUUCAAUAUCAAUUCAUACCAAAUAUUCCUCCUCCAACUUCUUCCACAAAUCCUUCAACUUCUCCAUCAUAUCCAUCAUAUUCAUCAUAUAUAGAUGAUAUAAGGCAUAAUAAUAUUCCCCCAUUUUCAUCUAAUUCUUCAAAUUUAUCUCAAAAUUCUGCACCAAUACCAAAAUUACAUUCUUCUUCAAUUACGCCAACAUUUGAAGUACCGCAACAAUCUUCUUCAUCCAAAAAUUAUUUAUCUCAACCUCCUUAUCCGUCACAUUCAAUACCAAUUAUGCCAACAUUUGAAGUACCUUCAAGACAAAAUUCUCCUGAACCACCACCCUCAGCACAAAUUCAAUCAACUAUUUCUUCUUCUUCUUCUAUUCCAGAUAUUCCAUCUCAUUCAUCUUCACCUCAACUUUUUUCUUCUUAUCCAUCAUGUUCAGUACCAAUUAUGCCAACGUUUGAAGUACCUUCAAAACAAAAUUCAUCUCAAUCUCAUCCACCUUAA